AUGGGGAGCACCCUGGGCUGCCACCGCUCCAUCCCCCGGGACCCCUCGGACCUGUCCCAUAGCCGCAAGUUCAGCGCGGCCUGCAACUUCAGCAACAUCCUGGUGAAUCAGGAGCGGCUCAACAUCAACACGGCCACGGAGGAGGAGCUGAUGACCCUGCCUGGGGUGACACGUGCGGUGGCACGCAGCAUCGUGGAGUACCGCGAGUACAUCGGUGGCUUCAAGAAGGUGGAGGACCUGGCACUGGUCAGUGGCGUGGGUGCCACCAAGCUGGAGCAGGUCAAGUUUGAGAUCUGCGUGAGCAGCAAGGGCAGCUCGGCGCAGCACUCUCCCAGCUCCCUGAGGCGGGACCUGCUGGCGGAGCAGCAGCCUCACCACCUGGCCACCGCCGUGCCUCUCAUCCCGCGCGUCAACAUCAACACAGCCACCCCGGCUCAGCUCAUGAGCGUGCGCGGCCUCACGGAGAAGAUGGCCGUCAGCAUCGUGGACUACCGCCGUGAGCACGGGCCCUUCCGAAGCGUCGAGGACCUGGUGAGGAUGGGUGGGGUCAGUGCCGCCUUCCUGGACAGGAUACGGCACCAGGUGUUUGCCGAGAGGUCCAGGCCCCCGUCCACCCACACCAACGGGGGCCUGACCUUCACUGCCAAGCCUCACCCCAGCCCCACCUCGCUGAGCUUGCAGAGUGAGGACCUGGACCUGCCCCCAGGGGGGCCUACACAGAUCAUCUCCACUCGGCCUUCGGUGGAGGCCUUCGGAGGCACAAGGGAUGGGCGGCCCGUGCUGAGGCUGGCCACCUGGAACUUGCAGGGCUGUUCAGUGGAGAAGGCCAACAACCCUGGGGUGCGAGAGGUGGUGUGCAUGACGCUCCUGGAAAACAGCAUCAAGCUGCUAGCUGUGCAAGAACUACUUGACAGAGAGGCCCUGGAAAAGUUCUGUAUGGAGCUAAACCAGCCAAUCCUGCCCAACAUCCGCAAGUGGAAGGGGCCCCGAGGAUGCUGGAAGGCUGUUGUUUCGGAGAAGCCCACGACUCAGCUCCAGAAGGGCGCUGGCUUUGCAGGGUUCCUGUGGGACGCCGCGGCUGGGGUGGAACUGAGAGAUGCCACCUGGCAGGAGAACUCGCCUGGCAAUGGGCACGGGAAGCCCACAGGCCCCAGCCCGUACCUCGUGAGGUUCAAGGUGGGAAGUCAUGACUUGACCCUGGUGAACCUUCACCUGGAAGCCCUGACCCUCCCAGGGGGUGAGAACCCAAGCAAGAGUCACAGUGACAGCCACUGCUGGGCUAGCUUCGUGCAGACCUUGCAGGAAACCCUGAAAGGCGAAAAAGAGGUGAUAGUUUUAGGAGAUUUCGGCCAGGGUCCAGACAGCAGUGACUAUGAUAUCUUGAGGAAAGAAAAAUUCCACCACCUGGUCCCCGCACACACCUUUACCAACAUCAGCACCAAGAAUCCUCAAGGCUCGAAGACUCUGGACAACAUCUGGAUCAGUAAAAGCUUAAAGAAGGUUUUCACAGGCCACUGGGCUGUACUGAGAGAAGGCCUCACGAACCCUUGGAUUCCAGAUAACUGGUCCUGGGGCGGAGUGGCUUCUGAACACUGCCCCGUGCUUGGCGAGUUUUACACGGAGGACUGGAACAGGAAGGAAGGCCCUCGGAAUGGCAACGGGGUCACCCUGGAGCGAAGUGAAGCCAACAUUAAGCACGAGCGAUGA